AUGAAAAGACAAGAGGUGCCACCACAUCUGCCCAACGACAAAAAACCCCGUCUAGACCCGCAAAUGAGCGAAAACAAAGAAGAGUCUGCUUUCCAAUCUGUCGGCGACCAGGUCGAAAACGUCGACAACUCCGUGCGUGUGUUGGAUGCCGAAGAUGCUGAGGGCCAUCCAAUCCAAGAAGUCGAAUCCUUGUGUAUGAACUGUCACGAGAAUGGUGUCACCCGUAUGUUGUUGACCAAAAUCCCAUUCUUCCGUGAAAUCAUUGUCAUGUCCUUCGAGUGUCCCCACUGUGGUCUCAAGAAUUCCGAGAUCCAGGCUGCAGCCCAGAUUGCUGAGAAGGGCUCUCGUUACGUAUUGAAGAUUGAGAACAAAGAAGACUUCAACCGUCAAGUUGUCAAGAGCGAGACUGCCACUUGUGUGUUCUCUGAAUUGGAGCUUGAGAUCCCCCCGGAGCGUGGUCAAUUGACCAAUGUUGAAGGUCUCCUCGCUGAAAUGGUGGAAAACUUGAAAAACGACCAGCCCGCUAGAAAGGAGGCUCUGCCUGAGAUCUAUGAGAAAAUCGAAGCUUUUCUUAGUCGAGUCCAGGACUGUCUCGAUGCCAAGGAAGGCCUGUUGCCAUUGACCUUCUACGUAGAUGAUCCCGCUGGAAACUCCUGGAUCGAGUAUACCCCCGGCCAGCCUGCCCAUCAGUGGUCCAUGCAUGAAUACAACAGAACUGCCGAGCAGAACGUGUUCCUUGGUCUUUUGUCUGCUGACGACGUUGCCCAACAGAAAAAGAUUGAGACCGAGCAGAAGAAGGCCGCCACCAGUCUGAAUGUGCUGAGUUCCCUUGAGAAGGAGAACCCAACCUCCCUGGGCUUCGGUUCUAACGAUAAUGAUGACAUUGAGAAUUUGGCUAACGAGGUACAGACUUUCCAUGCUACCUGCUCCUCAUGUUUCGAGCCAUGUGUCACCCACAUGAAAACUGUCAACAUUCCACAUUUCAAAGAUGUCAUUAUCAUGAGCACUGUGUGUGACCACUGUGGCUACAGAUCGAACGAGGUCAAGACCGGUGGUGAAAUCCCUGAAAAGGGAAGAAAAAUCACCUUAAAGGUCACUGAUCCUGAUGACUUAGCCAGAGAUAUCUUGAAGUCUGAGACUUGUGGCUUGAACAUUCCAGACUUGAACUUGGACUUGACUCCCGGUACCUUGGGUGGUAGAUUCACCACAAUUGAAGGUUUGUUGUCCCAAGUCUACGACGAAUUGCACACUAGAGUGUUUUCCCAAACAUCUGACUCUAUGGACCAAGAAACAAAGCAAAGAUGGGGCUCAUUUUUCGCUAAGUUGCAAGAUGCCACUGAGGGAAGAAUUGGCUUCACUAUUGUCAUGGUUGACCCAUUGGCUUCAUCUUAUAUUCAAAACGUUUAUGCUCCUGACAAUGACCCUAACAUGGUCAUUGAGGAAUUCGUUAGAACUCAUGAGCAAAACGAAGAUUUGGGAUUGAACGAUAUGAAAACAGAUUAA